UUUUGAAAAAAUUCUAUGAGCGAACCUGGAAAGCGACCAAACCAAAAUAUGGGACAUUUCUGUGCGGCGGUGAUUGGCGGCGGCGGCGGCGGUGACGACGGGGAAACAAAUCACCAACCCCACCAACACUGCGUGAUAGAGCUCCACGGCGGUGCCGACAGCUUCCACGACGGAGCAUCGGUAGAAAUUUCACAACAUGCAAACUCCAAUAAUGACUACUACUCCUCCGCCGGCCACCUCUCCGCCUCGGAAAUGGAGUCUCUUGCUGCUCUAUGCGAUACAUUUUUACCGUCCGUCGCUCCAUCCACCGCUGCAGAUAGAUCCACUGCCUUUUUCUUUGAGACCUCCGCAUCUGCUAUUGGAACUCCUGACAGAGUAGGGGAGAUGAUAAAGGAGAGAGUUAAACAUCCAAAGAAAUGGCUAGUGAGAGUUACUCUAUGGUUGUUAUCAACAUGGUAUGGGACAUACAUUCUAUGUGGUAAUAAAAGCCUUUCAAACCAUUUCCCAUACUUUGAGAGAUUUUCAAAAGUUCCUCAAAAGAAAAGAGAACAAAUUGCACUCUCUUGGUCCCUAAGCUACUUUUUUCUACUUAGAAUGUUGUUCAGAACCAUUAAGAUCUUUUGUCUUCUCGCUUUCUUUACACAGGUUGAUGAGGAGUUGAACAACAUAUCAUGGAAAGCAAUUGACUACCCAGGAAGUGACCCUCAAUUCAAACCUCCAUCCAACCUAAAAGAAAAAGACAGUAAAUCAAAAGAAGUUGAUGAAGGCGAAGAAGCUGAAGAGCUUUAUGGGCCUCUUUUCAAAGGCAUUGUCAAUCUACAACACCAACAACAGAUACAAGUAGCUGUAGGAGCCCUUAGAAAAUUUGGAUUUCCAGUCACUCUUCUUUCCCCAACCACCAAGCCUCCCAACCCUUCAAUGAUCAUCAAGUGCGAUGCAGUGGUGGUCGGGUCCGGGUCAGGCGGCGGAGUGAUAGCUGGGGUGUUGGCUAAUGCAGGGUACAAAGUGCUUGUAUUAGAGAAAGGAAGCUAUUGUGCUAGAACAAACCUGUCACUCCUAGAAGGGCCAGCCAUGGAAGAAAUGUAUCAAUCAAGUGGUUUGGUGGCAACUGAUAAUAUGAAUGUGCUUAUACUUGCAGGCUCUACUGUUGGUGGAGGGUCAACAGUAAAUUGGUCAGCUUCUAUUGAAACACCAAGUCAUAUAACUAGAGAAUGGUCAGAUGAGUAUGAAUUGGAGUUGUUUAGAAGCAAUUUAUACAAAGAAGCAAUUGAUGUAGUGUGUAAGAAAAUGGGAGUUCAAUCAAAAAUUGACAAUGAAGGGUUUAACAAUGCAGUUUUAAGAAAAGGGUGUGAGGAAUUGGGUGGUCAUGCUAUCACUAUUCCUAGAAAUUCAACUUCUGAUCAUUACUGUGGUUGGUGCUGUCUAGGAUGCAGGGAUGGAAGAAAGAAGGGGACUGCAGAGACAUGGCUUGUGGACUUGGUAAGGUCGGGAAAUGGCGUUAUACUUCCAGGCUGCGAAGCCAUUAAAAUCAGACAGGAGAAGGAACAUGGGAGAGAACGUAAGAGGGCAAAAGGCGUUGCAUUUGAAUUCUGGUGUGGAUCAGCAGCCAAACAGAUGUGCUUGGUUGAGUCCAAGGUGACUAUAGUGGCAUGUGGGGCUCUUAAUACUCCUCCAUUGUUGAAAAGAAGUGGGUUGAGAAACCCAAAUAUUGGAAAAAACUUGCAUCUUCAUCCUGUAACAAUGGCAUGGGGUUAUUUUCCUGCAGAAACUGAUAAAUCAUGGCCAGAGAAAGACAAGAAAAGCUAUGAAGGAGGGAUAAUGACAGCCAUGUGUAACAUAGGGUCGGAACCUAAUCAAGAACCUGGAUAUGGAGGAGCAGUAAUCCAGACACCAGCCUUACACCCAGGGCUCUUCUCAAUCUUAAUGCCAUGGAUCUCUGGAACAAAUAUCAAACAAAGGAUGUGCAAAUUUUCAAGAACAGCCCAUGUAUUUGUAUUGGCAAGAGACAAAGGGUCAGGAAUAGUGAAAUCUCCAAGCUCACUAAGCUACAAAAUGGAUGAUGUGGAUGAACACAAUCUACAGAAAGGAUUGGAAAAAGCUUUGAAGAUUUUGGCAGCAGCUGGAGCAGUUGAAAUAGGAACCCAUCAUAAUAAAGGGAGAAGCAUAAAUGUGAAGAAAGUGAGUUUUAGAGAGUAUGAAAAGUUUGUGAAAGAGGAAAGUUCAAGGCCAUUGAAGGAUUUGUUGACACCAAUUUGUUCAGCUCAUCAAAUGGGGAGUUGCAGAAUGGGAAUUGGAGCUAAGGAUUCUGUGGUGAAUCAGAGAGGGGAGACAUGGGAAGUGGAAGGCCUUUUCAUUGCUGAUUCCAGUGUUUUUCCAACUGCUUUGGGAGUUAAUCCAAUGGUUACAGUUCAAGCUAUUGCUUAUUGUACUGCACAAUCUGUUCUUGAAACUCUUAAGAGGAAGAGAAAUUGAUGUAAAUUAGAGAAGAUAACUUAUGAACUCGAUGUCAUGUCUUUUCUAUCUUUUCUUCUCAUGUUGGCAAAAUAGCAUGGCUUUUGUAAUAAAGAAAAUGUUUUGGAGCUCA